AUGUCAGCCCAGAAAGAAAUUACAGGACCAAGAGAAGCUCCCACACACCCCACAUCCUCAUCGUCUGGGAAAGAACGCAGCGACAUGGCCCAACGUGUCAAAGACGACAGAGAAAAGCAAUGCGAAUCAUACGGUCCACAAGUCUUCGAAGAUGCUCGGGCUUUCGAAGCCUCCCUGGAUAACGGAAGAAUCUUCACCCGUGCGUUCUUCGAAAAAGCAGCAGAGCAAGUCGAGAUAGUUCGUAAAGGCGAUCCGAACAUGCCGUUCAUGCUUUUACCACGUGUACUAGGCAAUGGAGAAGUGGAGAAGCGUGUCCCACCGUGUGCCUCGCCCGCGGUCAGCCUGAGUUUCAGCGGGGUCUUCAUUUGUGCUUCUGACACGAUGCGUCCAGCGUAUCACAUCAGGACUCCCCACCAGGGUACUAAGUACGAUUUCAGUGAUACCAGGGCGCUGAAGCCCGAUAGCCUUCAGAAUACAGGUGAGCAGGCGAGCCUACCUUACUCUUCUUCCGAGGAGUACAAAGGAAUCCCGAAAGUCCUCGAGACAUCUUUGCUUCAAAGCAGGUUCUGGGCGAGUGUACGACAGCAGCUCGACGCUCUCACUGUACCAGUCGACAACAUUGUGUGCGUAGCCCUCGGAGCCAUGCACGGAACAGAGGAGGAAGGCAGAAAGGAAGAUACUUCAGCUACACAGCACGUCCUCGCCUGCGCCAUCUCGACCUACCUAUCGCAGCGCUCGCGACAUAGCCUAUAA